GAAGAGCCAUUUUUCAAGUACAGCUGCAACACACCAACAUUAUAUUUGUCUCAUUGACACACACUCUUUACUGAGCUUAGCUAGCUCUGUUGGAGUGAGCAAAAAGAACAAGAAGAGGGUUUUGUACACAAGAAAUAACAAUAAUGGAGAAAGCAUUAACUAAAGUUGGGAGCAUUAAAGUUGGAAGCUUUUGGUUAACCAAGAAAGCUAAAGCAGAAUUCAAUAACAUCUCUGAAGACAUUAAUAGCAUCUCAAAUACUGUUGAAGAGAAGGCGAAAUGGAUCUUUAACAAGCUAAAAGGAACGCCUAUGAAGAGUUUGACAGAUCUUCUUCGAGAACAUAAUCUCCCACCAGGCCUUUUCCCCCAGAACAUAACGAGUUUUGAAUUAGACGAGUCCAAAACAAAGCUGACUGUUUACCUUCCCUCCCCAUGCGAGAUAACCUUCAAGGACGGCUCUGUGAUUAGGUAUGCUACGAGGGUGAAAUGCAUUUUACUAAGAGACAAGCUUAUUGGCAUAGAAGGAAUGAAGACCAAAGUCUUAGUAUGGGUGAAGGUCACAAAUGUGUGUGUUGAAGGAUACAGGUCGGAGAAGGUUUGGUUUACUGCUGGUGUAAAGAAAUCGAGGCCAAGGGAAGCUUAUGAAAUUCCUCACGAUGCAGUUAGAGUAAAAGAGUUUUGAGAGUUGGAUUAUUCAUACAAGAAUGAGUCCUCAACAAUCAAAGAUUUUUGAGUAGGUGGUUUGAUGGCUUUCUUGGUCGGUCAGUCAUUUCUCAUCGUAGCAAAAUUGUUCCAAGGCACACUUCAGGAAAGAAGUAUAUUUCAUUUACAAGUCAUUCAAAAUGGUGUCUAGCAAUUUAGCAAACUCAGCUAGAUUUUAACUGCAGUUGUAUGGCUAGUCAUCUAAUAUAUUUUCUGGAAUUUUGAGAUGCUAUUUAUUAUGUCUUCUAUUUGAAGAAAAUUAUUCAGUCGCAUCAUGUUAGGGAGUUGUUGAAUGUAUCAAUCCUAAGAUGUUCUCUAACUAUUGUCUUUGGUUUAAUGGAGAACUUCAAACAAGGUGCUGCUAAGACAGUUUGUACCGUAAUUCUUUAGCAUAUUUUAGACUUCAAAUAUGAACAUUUCAGGUUAGAUAUUUACAUGCACUCAGACUCAGUGCUGAUAUUUACAUUUCUA